GAGAAGGAGGCGAGAGACCAGAGAGGAGCUCACCUCCUCAAGCAGCGAGUGAGGCAGGGACGAAAAGAAAGAAAGAGAGAGAGAGAGACAGAGACAGAGAGAGGAGAAAGAGAAGAAGGCUGUGGAGUAACAACCAAAGAAAGACAAGAAAGACAGAGACAGAGAGAGAGAGAGAGAAAGAAGACGGCAGCGGCUCGGCGGAGGAGUGUUUAAUUGUCUGCGCUAAAGUGUCUUUUACGCACAGAUUCGACAUGUCAUCGUCCGGCAAAGACAACAGCGGUGCCCAACACGCCAAUCACGUGGGACCUUACCGUUUGGAGAAGACGCUGGGGAAGGGACAGACAGGCUUGGUCAAGCUCGGAAUCCACUGUGUAACAUGCCAGAAAGUCGCCAUAAAGAUUGUUAACCGGGAGAAACUCAGCGAGUCAGUACUAAUGAAGGUCGAGCGAGAAAUAGCUAUUCUGAAGCUCAUAGAACACCCCCACGUUUUAAAGCUACACGACGUCUACGAAAAUAAAAAGUACUUGUACCUUGUGCUAGAACAUGUGUCUGGCGGGGAGCUGUUUGACUACCUGGUGAAGAAAGGCAGGUUAACGCCGAAAGAGGCCAGGAAAUUCUUCCGACAGAUCAUGUCUGCGCUGGAUUUCUGCCACAGUCAUUCCAUAUGCCACAGGGAUCUGAAGCCAGAGAACCUGUUGCUAGAUGAAAAGAACAACAUCAGGAUAGCAGACUUCGGCAUGGCGUCCCUUCAGGUCGGAGACAGUCUGCUGGAAACCAGCUGUGGAUCUCCACACUACGCCUGCCCAGAGGUCAUCAGGGGAGAGAAGUAUGACGGGAGGAAAGCAGACGUCUGGAGCUGUGGGGUCAUUCUAUUUGCCCUGUUGGUGGGUGCCCUGCCGUUUGAUGAUGACAACCUGAGGAAUCUUCUGGAGAAGGUGAAGUUGGGAGUGUUUCACAUGCCACACUUCAUUCCGCCAGACUGUCAGAACCUGCUCCGCGGCAUGAUUGAAGUGGAUGCUACCAAAAGACUAACGUUAGAGCAGAUCCAGAAGCACACAUGGUACAUAGCGGGGAAGAACGAGCCGGAGCCCGAGCAGCCGGUGCCCAGGAAGGUGACGAUCCGCAGCCUGCCCUCCGCAGACGAUGUGGACCCCGACGUCCUGGACAGCAUGCACUCCCUGGGCUGCUUCAGGGACAAGAACAAACUCCUGAAAGACCUGCUGUCAGACGAAGACAACCAGGAAAAGAUGAUCUACUUCCUGUUAUUGGACCGUAAGGAGAGAUAUCCAAGCCAGGAGGAUCAGAACCUCCCCCCUCGUAAUGAGAUCGAUCCUCCCCGGAAGCGGGUCGACUCUCCCAUGUUGGCCCGUCACGGGAAGAGGAGACCGGAGAGGAAGUCCAUGGAGGUCCUCAGUGUCACAGACGGAGGCUCGCCUGUGCCGGCCAGGAGGGCCAUCGACAUGACACAGCACGGCCAACGGUCGCGGUCCAUCAGCGGCGCCUCCUCCGGCCUCUCCACCAGCCCCCUCAGCAGCCCACGGCCUGUCAGAAAGUUCUGUGUGCCGCCUCAGCCCGCAGACAUGUCCCAGUCCCCCAACACCAGCCCCUGCCCGUCUCCAGAGCCUGUCCCCAAUCGCACGGGCCCGUGUGUCUCCACCCCCAACUCGCUCUCUCCAAACAGCGAGCUCCUGCCGCUGUCGCUCAACAAGACCCAGACGCUCCCGGCCAAACCCAAACUCGCCCCCAAGCCCCUCCAGGCCACGCGAUCCAACCCGCUCCCUGACACCUUCCCAGAUCCAGGGGCCAAAUCAGAGCCGUCCUCUCCCUGCCGGCCCCCGUCACAGCCGCCCUCUGCCUCGGUGCCCCCCACCCCGACCUCCCCGUCCUCUCCGUCCUCCCCGUCUUCCCCAUUCACCAUCACCAGUGCUCCCAUCCCGAACAGCCCACACGUACGGCGCUCCCAUUUUGCUGCCGGCCCCCAGCUCUCUGUGCCCUUUAGCCCGGUGGUGCCCCUGUCCCCCAUCCGGCUGCACCACUUUCACCCCGUGGCACCGGCUUCUUCUGCUUUCUCUGACCACCCACCCAAAUCUAUCCCCCUCAUACAGGUUACCCCCCACCCCUCCCCUCGAGGCAGCCCCCUCCCCACCCCAAAGGGCACCCCGGUGCACACUCCCAAGGACAGCCCAGCCGGGACCCCCAACCCGACGCCGCCCCCCAGCCCUUCCAUCGGAGGCAUGCCGUGGAGGACGCGUCUCAACUCCAUCAAGAACAGCUUCCUGGGCUCGCCACGCUUCCACCGCAGGAAACUCCAAGUUCCCACACAAGAGGAGAUGUCCAGCCUCACACCAGAGUCUUCCCCAGAACUUGCCAAAAAAUCCUGGUUUGGUAACUUCAUCAACCUGGAAAAAGAGGAGCAGAUCUUCAUCGUGAUCCAGGACAAGCCUCUCAGCUCCAUCAAGGCAGACAUCGUUCAGGCCUUUCUCUCGAUCCCCAGCCUCAGCCACAGCGUGAUCUCCCAGACCAGCUUUCGAGCGGAGUACAAGUCCACGGCCGGACCCACAGUCUUCCAGAAGCCGGUCAAGUUCCAGGUGGACAUCACCUACACGGAGAGCACGGCCGCCACCAAGGAGAACGGCAUCUACUCCGUCACCUUCACCCUGCUCUCAGGACCCAGCCGGCGCUUCAAGCGAGUAGUGGAGACGAUUCAGAGCCAGUUGUUAAGCACACACGACCAGCCCGGGGUCCAGCAGCUGUCUGACGAGAAGAACGGCCAGGGGCCCUACGGCCCGGGCACGCCCUCCAAGCGCUGCCCCUCGCCCAUGCACGCCCGGAGGCACGAGCACAAUGACACCAAGUGCCCGGCGGCGGGCCGAGACAGGGCCAAGUUGUCCAUGUCGUCUCUGGGCACACAAGAGGAGUCUUAAACUGCGACACUGUGUAGUCGGGCCAGUAGUAAAAAAACCCAUCCCAGUAUAAGCCAGCGACAAGGAGAGAAUAUCUGUAUAUAGCUAGAUGUAUAUAAUCAUUUAUGGACCUUUUUUUGUAUAAAAUAACUUUAUAUAGACAGAAAUAUAUUAAGAGAAAGAGAUAUUUUAACAAAGAGCAUUCUGCACCUACACCACAAACACACUCCCUCCAUUCCCUUUUGCAUUACGCCUCAGUGUCCACCACCACGACCACCACCACCACCAGCCACCACCAGCCACCACCACCACCACCACCACCAUCCUCAUCCACCUCCGCUCCACCCCAACAAUCGAACCGCCUGUGGCCCUCGCUCUGUGUGUUUUGCUCCCUUGCUGCUGACCUGUGUGAUGACCUGACUUGUUUCUGACACCAGGAAUUAUCCAGAAAACCUAUUAAGUCCCUGCUCCUCCUGCUCCUCCUGCUCCUCCUGCUCCUCCUCCUGCUCCGUCCGCCCUCCCUCGACCACCUCUCCAACUCCCGAGCGCCCCACGAGAGACGGAGGACUGCUUUUAGAGGUACGCUCAGAAGUUGUGGAGACAGUCCCUUCAUGCAGACUUCUACCUUCAUCCUCCUCCGUGCCCCUCGUCUGCACCGCUGCCAGACGUCAUUAGAAGUAGCUGAAAAUACCUUUAGUGUUCCCCCUCCCCUCCGAAUCUUGGAAACACGGUAACACAAACACACACUUGCAUAAACACACAUGCAGCACAACUCAUCGCCCAAACACCCUGAUGUAUCAUGAACGCACACUCGCUCGCCCUCGCCGACCCAGGCGCCGUCUCUCCUCUUUACGAGCUCAAGGAGCCUUGAGUGAUUGGAAAACAAGCAUUUUACAUACACACGUAAAAACAGAACAUUCACACGCACAGGAAACUCUGGGAUGUAUCAACGAGAACAUGAAGAACAACAGCAACAACAAUAACAAAAAAGAAGACUUGCAGAGAAACUGAUUCAGAGGAGGAGAGAAGGGGUGUGGGGGGGAUGUGGGGGUUUUGGAAAAGCCCAAACAGCCGACACGGACGCUUGCUGGAUUGUAUUUGUUUGCUUUUUAAUGUACAUUAUUUGUGAAGAACUGGGUUAAAAUCACUAAACAGACUUUAUUAGACUUAUAUCGAUGCGAACGGACUGGAAUUGUGAUUUCAGAAAGGA